GACAGAGACAUGAUCCAAAAACAUGUGGCUCUCCAGCGAGAUCCUCUCAGCCUUAUCCUCUUUCGCAUUCAAACCUCUGAGAACCUCUCUGAGAAGUCUCCACCAUGGCUUCUUUCUCAACUCUCUCUCACACAUGUCCUUCUCAGCUAUGCUUCACCAAGAACGGCGUGGUCUCAAAAUCUCUUGCAAAUCCCACAAGGACCCAUUUUUUGAAGAAGGGCAAUUACUUGAGAGUCAGGUUCCAGGCCACUAGCUUUCCGGCCGAUGAUCGGGUGCCGGACAUGGGCAAGAGGCAGCUCAUGAAUCUGCUUCUUCUAGGUGCGGUUUCGCUUCCUACUGCAAUCAUGUUGAUUCCUUAUGCUUCCUUCUUUGUCCCACCUGGGUCAGGAAGUGCUGGUGGUGCUACUAUUGCCAAGGAUGCCAUAGGAAACGAUGUUAUUGCAGAGGAGUGGCUUAAGAACCAUGGACCUGGGGACCGGACCCUCACACAAGGAUUAAAGGGAGAUCCCACCUACUUAGUUGUGGAGAAAGACAGAACUCUUGCACCAUAUGGAAUCAAUGCUGUCUGCACUCACCUCGGGUGUGUUGUGCCAUGGAAUGCUGCUGAGAACAAGUUCAUCUGCCCUUGCCAUGGAUCCCAGUACAACAACCAAGGGAAAGUUGUAAGAGGACCUGCACCUCUGAAACUAAGGACCUGUUUUGGGGUGUUGAAAGAGCGGCAUAUCAUAGAAGUUACAUGUAGGCUAUAAAAAAAUCUUCCCAAUCCUGCUGUGUUUUAAUUUUUUGCUAUUUGGCAAUGCAGUCCUUGGCAUUGGUUCAUGCUGAUGUUGAUGAUGGGAAGGUAAUAUUCGUUCCAUGGGUCAAAACCGAUUUCAGAACUGGUGAAGCUCCAUGGUGGGCUUAAAUCUCCUCUCAGAACCCAUCCCUUCCCUCCCAUGCAUUGAAGUUAAGGGCGAUCAGUUGCACCAGCAGGGCAAACACAUCCUGUUUCCGGGAUUCGUCGGCUUUUGUAGAAUGGAAGCUUAUGUUUAUAAGAUCCAAGGUGAGCAUGUUUUGUAUUUGAAUGCAGCUUUUGCAAUUAUGCCAAGAGCAUAGGUCAGGGACCUUAUGCAUUCAAACCAAGUCAUAAAGACUGAAGAUUCUUGUAA